AAAUAUAGGAACAAAGCCUUAAAUCCCACGCUAUAUGAAGGAGCAUUUUAACACUUGAAAUGUACGCCUCGUUCACAAGUCACAAAGGAAAACGUGGCUCGUAAGACUCUUCGACUCCUUGCCGCUUCAUAUUUGUGAGUGAAACGACUCUAUCAUAGCAUCAUGGUGAAACGCCAAUUGGAUUUUAGUAUCGACAAUGACAGCAGCAACGGCAAUGAUACUGAUUAUCAAACUAUUAACGGCCGUCGAGUUCUCCGCUCUCGGUACCUCGCCGUCAAGAACGUGAUUAACGGUGAUGAAAUGGAGCAUAAUGCAGAGCUUAACUGUGAAAUGUUCGGUACGAUCUUCGGUGAAAUGGAGAGCUUACACAAGCUAGUAACAAAACCGAGAGAACAAGUAGCUGAUGCACAGGCUCUGUUGGACAUGACCAAAUCCUUGGUUAUAUCUGCGAAAGUUCACUUUAGUGGUGGACUCACUCCUUCAGCCUUUGUCACUCACAUUCUUCAAAAAUUCGGAGCAUGUGGUGGAACAAUUACUAGCACAGAAGAUUGCAGCAGAAACUCAAUAUCUUGGAAGGACAUUGGAGUUGCAGUUUCAAGUACUUUUGGAGGGGGAUAUGGGUUUUCUACAAUGAUUGGCCCAAUGGAUGCUAAAAUAAAGCAGAGGAGGGUUAUUAAUCGAAAAAAGCAUGUGAAGCCCGCUGAAUUGGCACGGCCAGAAGAGCUUGUUGAAGGUUCAAGGGAAGAGAGAAAUGAUACUGAUAAAAAUAUGUUAACUAUGUUUAACAUCUUAAGGAAGAAUAGAAUUUUCAGGCUUGAAAAUUUGGUUUUGAAUAAAAACUCUUUUGCACAAACGGCGGAGAAUUUAUUUGCUUUAUCUUUUUUAGUCAAAGAUGGUAGGGCUGAAAUAAAAGUGGACAAGGCUGGACGGCAACUAGUUUCGCCAAGGAAUGCUCCUACUGCAAAAUCAGUUAUUUCUAAGGACGUUGUUUUGAGCCACUUUGUAUUCCGAUUUGACUAUAAUGAUUGGAAGUUGAUGGCUCGCUCUGUUGGGGUUGGGGAGGAGUUGAUGCCACAUAGGAAUAUCCAAUCACAGAUUCAGAGUGAAGUACCUGCAUGAACUGAUUGGAAUAGUUGAAGACUGAAAUUUAUAUAGUGUUAUUAUAACGUACAAAGUUAUGAUGUACAGAGUACAGACAUUUUGCACGUGUCUAGAGUAUACUAAGUCUUUUCAAGAUUUAAUAGUUUUAAGUGCAUACAAAUAUGCUUGUUAUUAAGGCCGUCAAAGAAUAGAUAAUGGCAAGUUACUGAUUUCUAUCAUUUUCUCAUAAGCCUAUCAUUUUUAAAUUUCAA